GAACCCCUUUGCUUUUGCCUUUCUUUAGCAGCGCCCUCGGCAGCCUGGCGCUAUUUGACAGCGGCUUGCAUUUGGCGACGGAGGGUUGGAAAUGGCAGCGGAGCCGGACACCACUGAAGUGAGAGCGCGGCACAAAUUUGACCAAGCGGCCUUGGAGGCAUACUUGUGCCAGCACUUGCCAGGCUUUCCUCUGCAGCCACCUGGAGCUCUGCUCGUCAGGCAGUACAGUUCUGGGCAGUCCAACCCAACCUUUUACCUGAAGAAAGGCCUUAGCACCUAUGUCCUUAGGAAAAAGCCUCAUGGGCCUCUCCUACCACAAGCUCACAAGAUUGACAGAGAAUAUCGGGUCCAGAAAGCUUUGUUUGCAGCUGGAUUUCCUGUUCCUGAGCCCCUUUUAUACUGCAGUGAUGUUUCUGUGAUUGGAACAGAAUUCUAUGUGAUGCAACAUGUACAGGGACGCAUUUUCCGAAACAUUGCUUUACCUGAAGUAAGCCCAGCGGAAAGAUCAGCAUUGUAUGUAGCUGCAAUACAAACUCUGGCCCAGUUGCACUCAUUCAACAUAAAUUCACUGGGGCUCCAAGGCUAUGGAAGAGGACCAGGCUACUGUAAGAGGCAGGUAUUGACUUGGGGAAAACAGUACAAAGCAGCUGCUCAUAUGGACAUUCCAGCUAUGAAUGAUUUAGCUGAAUGGUUAAUGAACAACCUGCCAGGUGGAGAUGAUGAAGAGCAUUUGGUUCAUGGGGACUUUAGAAUAGACAAUGUCAUCUUUCAUCCAACAGAGGCUCGUGUCCUGGCAGUGCUGGACUGGGAACUUUCAACCACAGGGCAUCCAAUGGCAGAUUUUACUUAUUCUGUUGUUUUUUAUUUUUGGCCAAAAGAAUUCAGACAUUUGAAUAUAAAGAAUUUCCAGCAUUUAGGCAGCAUUGCAGGAAUCCCUUCCUUUGAAGAAAUGGUCUCUGUUUAUACUAGCUGCAGAGGUAUCGCCACUUCUCUACCCAACUUGAAUUUUUUCCUUGCCCUUUCGAUUUUUAAAAUUGCUUCAAUAUGCCAGGGUAUCUAUGCCAGAUAUCUUUUAGGAAAUUCUGCUGCAGAAAAUAGCCAUGAGUUUGGCAAUCUGGUGAAACCUUUGGCAGAAAAAGGAUUACAGCUCACAACAAUGACAUUGUUUACUUCUGGCUUCCAGUCCUAUAGUGUGGGAGAAUUGUUCCAGCAGACUCAAAAGGGUAAAGAAGUGCUUCAGAAGGUGAAGGAUUUCAUGGAAAAACAUGUUUUUCCGGCUCAAAAGGAAAUGGCAGAAUAUUAUGCCAGAAAUAAAAAUUCACCAGACAUAUGGAAAAAACCAGCACUCAUUGAAAAACUGAAGGAGAUGGCAAAAGCAGAAGGUCUCUGGAACCUUUUCCUUCCAGCUAUUAGUGGUCUUGGCCAGGUGGAUUAUUCUCUGAUUGCUGAAGAGACUGGGAAGUGCUUCUUUGCCCCUGAGGUAUUCAACUGUCAUGCACCAGACACAGGAAAUAUGGAGGUUCUGCAUAUGUAUGGGACAGAAGAGCAGAAGAAAAAAUGGCUGGAGCCUCUUCUUGAAGGGAAAAUUAGCUCUUGCUUCUGCAUGACAGAACCAGAUGUUGCUUCAAGUGAUGCUACCAACAUGGAAUGCAGCAUUCAGAGAGAUGGAGACAGAUAUAUAAUUAAUGGGAAGAAGUGGUGGAGCAGUGGAGCUGGGAAUACAAAUUGCAAAUUUGCAAUUGUGAUGGCCAGACACAAAACCACCUCUGCACCCAGAUAUAAACAGCACAGCAUGAUUAUUGUGCCAAUGGAUACCCCUGGAGUCAAACUUAUACGACCUCUUUCGGUCUUUGGUUAUUUCGAUUAUUUUCAUGGUGGACAUUUUGAAGUACAUUUUGACAAUGUUCAAGUACCCAUUUCCCAUUUAAUUCUUGGAGAAGGAAGAGGAUUUGAAAUAGCUCAAGGGAGACUUGGACCAGGUCGUAUCCAUCACUGUAUGAGGUCAAUAGGAGCAGCUGAAACGGCUCUCCAGAUCCUGUGUGAGCGUUCAGCUAAGAGGAUGACAUUUGGGAAGAAGCUGUACAAACAUGAGGUUGUCGCUCACUGGAUUGCUGAAUGUCGGAUAGCUAUUGAACAGGCAAGAUUGCUCACGCUGAAAGCUGCCAGCUGCAUAGACACUAUGGGAAACAGAGCAGCAAGAAAAGAGGUUUCUAUGAUCAAAGUGGCAGCACCCCGAGCAGUCCUCAAAGUGAUUGAUUGUGCCAUUCAAGUUUGUGGAGGUGCUGGAUUCUCUGAAGAUUUCCCUUUGGCUCAGAUGUUUGCCUACAUUCGGACCUUACGUGUAGCAGAUGGGCCUGAUGAAGUUCAUCUCUCGACAAUUGCAAAACUAGAACUGCUUGAUCAAGCCAAGCAGUUGACUGCACAUCUCUAGACUGUGGAUAGCAUCAUAACUAGGCCUGGUCUACACACACGAGAAAAGUGAUAAAGUGAAAGAGUUCACUGAAGUGAUCACCAAUACAACUUUUAUUAAAUAAAAUAACUCAACAGAACACCCCAAUCUGGCACAAUUAAUAAAACCUGUAACACAGCUAAGGGCUUAGAUUCAAGUUUGGGCAUUUGUUUGUUUGAUGUGGAAUUACUUGAACUAUUCUCAUAUUUCUAAACUGAAGAAAUUAAUGAAAACUAUGUUUAUUGCUUUGGGUCCCAUACAUGCUUUGGCACCCAUACAUAGAUGGUCAGUUAUCAAACAUAUAACCAACGCCAAAAAAGUAGAUGUGGGGGGACAUUCUCUAUCAUUAAUAACAUAGCACUGGAAAGUGUGUAAUUUUGUUAAAACACUGUUUAAUAAGGGAAACAGCAAUGUGUGUGUUCUGCAGCAGUGGAGAAUGUAUAACAUCCAGCUGGGUUUAAAUACAACCAUCAUUUACACUACUGAUAUGUACAGAUACUCAUAUAUAGGUUUAAUACUUCUGCCGCUGAAAGAGCAUCUGAAUGGAGACAAUAUUAAAUCUAUCAGUAAGCAAAGGUCUACAGUUUGACAUACCGUCCUCACUUCAGCUGGUGAAGAAUACAAUGUUGUUAACAGGACAGCGUUGGCUUUCUUACAUUUUCAGUCUUAAUAAAUUCCACUCUUCACUA